GCUGCCGCGGGGCUGAGAGCGGCUAGUUCAGUGGGCGUCGCUUCCGGCCCUAUCUCGCCACGCCGGCCAGAGCCAGUUUGCCCCGCACAGACAAAUAGCGCAGCUGAGGCGUCUGCUCGGCAGAGUCCCGGGCUCACUGAACAUUGGCUAGGGCGCUCGGCGCUGUGUAGCUAGAGUCAUGGUGUAGUUAGGUCGACCUAACCCCCGCUGUUCUUCCAUCGACCCCGGUGCGGCCUCUGGGAGAGGUGGAUUAAGUACAGCAGUGGAGAAACCCCUUUCCAUUGUCGUAGGAAGCAUCUACAUUUCAGUACUGUGGUGGCACAGCUUCUGUAAUGUGUAAACAAACCCCGAGAAGACAAUACUGACUGACGCCUUAUUGCCUGCUCUUUCACAAUGAAAGCCAUGGAGGAUCAAGUGGUGCAAGAAGAACUAGGGUACCAGGAUGAUGAGGAAUCCUUGUUUCAGGAUAUUGACCUGUUACAGAAACAUGGAAUUAAUGUGGCUGAUAUUAAAAAGCUGAAGUCCGUGGGAAUCUGUACCGUCAAAGGGAUCCAGAUGACAACGAGGCGGGCAUUGUGCAAUGUGAAGGGGCUUUCAGAGGCCAAAGUGGACAAGAUCAAAGAAGCAGCCAACAAGCUAAUUGAACCAGGAUUCUUGACUGCCUUUGAGUACAGCGAGAAAAGGAAGAUGGUGUUUCAUAUCACCACUGGGAGCCAGGAAUUUGAAGGUGCCAGGCACAAUUACAAUCCGGAUACUGUUUUAACUGCCGUGACUGCUUCUUCAAGCACCUCCAGUUUGUUUACCAUCCUACAGGGGACAAAGAGGAGUAAACUAUUGGGUGGUGGGAUUGAAAGCAUGGCAAUCACAGAGGCCUUUGGAGAAUUCCGAACAGGCAAAACCCAGCUUGCCCACACCCUUUGUGUGACAGCUCAGCUUCCAGGAGCAGAUCGCUACACAGGAGGAAAAAUUAUCUUCAUUGAUACUGAAAACACUUUCCGUCCAGAUCGUCUUCGUGACAUCGCUGAUCGCUUCAACGUAGACCAUGAUGCAGUGCUUGACAAUGUGCUGUAUGCACGUGCAUAUACCAGUGAACAUCAGAUGGAGUUGCUUGACUACGUAGCAGCCAAAUUCCAUGAGGAAGCUGGAAUCUUCAAGCUAUUGAUCAUUGACUCCAUAAUGGCGCUCUUCCGUGUAGAUUUCAGUGGCCGUGGGGAGCUGGCUGAACGGCAACAGAAACUUGCUCAGAUGCUAUCAAGGCUCCAGAAAAUCUCAGAAGAAUAUAAUGUGGCUGUGUUUGUGACCAAUCAGAUGACUGCUGAUCCAGGAGCAACUAUGACUUUUCAGGCAGACCCUAAGAAGCCCAUUGGCGGCCACAUCCUUGCUCAUGCUUCAACCACAAGGAUUAGUUUGCGGAAAGGAAGGGGGGAGUUGCGUAUUGCCAAGAUAUAUGACAGCCCUGAGAUGCCUGAAAAUGAAGCUACAUUUGCAAUAACUGCUGGAGGGAUUGGGGAUGCCAAAGAGUAGAUGGAAAACUGGUGCAAAUCUCCAUUUGAAAACAACCCAUGCACCUCAGAUGAAGCCAUGGUAUCCAAGGUCUGACUCCUUGGUUACUUAGUGUUUUUCAUACACAAUUUGGAAAGUUUAAAAUUAGAAGAAUGCCGGGAAGAGCUUUUUAGGUAUCAUAUUUCAAUAAUCUUAACAGUUCCUGGUUCACCUUAGUGCUAUUUUAAAAUGACCUUUCAAGCAGCCAGAAGUUGAAAAAGCACAGAAAUGUGACUUAUUCAAGGAAUACCUUCCUUGUGGUUCAGGAGAAGCAAAGCUGUUUUGUCACAUGGGCUUAAUGUGCACUUUUUAUAGUUUCUUGGGAAAGGAAUGUCUUUGGAAUAGAAUAUAUUGGCAUGGAAUGGAACAGCAUUGAAACAGUUUUUAAAAAAUAACGAGUAACUAGCAGACAAAGGGAAAGUGCAGUGAAAGAGAGAGAAGAAUGGGUGAACUUCCUAAUGUUUCAUUGACAGUAGAGGAAUGAUGGUUGCUUGAAAAGAUUUUUAGAAACUUGAUUAGAUUAUUUAUUUGUUUUUAAAGUGCCUAUAUUUUUGUUUUGGAAUAUUUAAAGCUGUUGUCUAUUUUUUAUAUCUAGGAAAAAUGCUAAAUUAAAACAUCUCUCUUUAUGCUUGUGUGCAAUACAGCCAACACAUAGUUUGAGUGAGAUCCUGGUUCUGUGAGAAGUCUCACGGAUUUUGUUGUGAGAAUUUACAUGAGUAAACUAAUGGGAUAUAGCCCAACAUUAUAAUACUUCAAAUAUUUUUUAAAAAUAAAGAAACACUUUAUGUU